GGGAUGUUAGCGGGUGGGAGGCGCGGCCGGGUAGCUACAGCCAGAGCUGGGCGGUGGCGGGCGCAGCCUGAGGAGUCUCGCUGAGCCCGAGGCGGUGGCGCAAUGGACGGACUGGAAGAAAAUGGAAGUAUUGUCCAAGUUGGAGAAUUGUUACCUUGCAAAAUUUGUGGAAGAACAUUCUUUCCAGUAGCAUUGAAAAAACAUGGACCCAUUUGCCAGAAAACCGCCACUAAAAAACGGAAGACUUUUGAUUCAAGCAGACAAAGAGCUGAAGGAACCGAUAUUCCAACAGUAAAACCUCUUAAACCAAGGCCAGAACCACCAAAGAAACCAUCUAAUUGGAGAAGAAAACAUGAAGAAUUCAUUGCCACCAUAAGAGCAGCUAAAGGCCUUGAUCAGGCACUUAAAGAGGGUGGCAAACUUCCUCCUCCUCCUCCACCUUCUUAUGAUCCUGAUUAUAUCCAAUGUCCAUAUUGCCAGAGGAGAUUCAAUGAAAAUGCAGCUGAUAGACAUAUAAAUUUCUGUAAAGAACAGGCAGCACGUAUUAGUAAUAAAGGCAAAUUUUCUGCUGAUACCAAAGGAAAACCGACUUCUCGGACACAGUAUAAGCCGCCUGCACUUAAAAAGUCAAAUUCUCCUGGAACCACAUCUUCAGGAUCUUCACGAUUACCACAGCCGAGUGGUGCUAGCAAAACUGUCAUAGGUGUGCCUUCAGGUAAAGUGUCCUCAGUUAGCAGCUCUUUGGGAAACAAACUUCAGACCUUAUCUCCCUCUCAUAAAGGGAUAGCAGUCCCUCAGGCAGGUAAGAUGGACAAGUUAGGCCCUCCACUUCGAACUGGAAGACAUGUGCAAAGGUUGUAUGACAGUGAUACAAAAUCAUACAGUGCCAUCAAAAGACAUGAGUUAUUACCCAUUUACAAAACUAACAUCAAAUCUCGAAAUUCCACACCACCCAGUUUGGCAAGAAAUCCUGGUACAUCAAGUGUGCUUACAAGCAAAAGAAAAACAUAUACUGAGAGCUACAUAGCCAGACCAGAUGGAGACUAUGCAUCUUCACUUAAUGGUGGAAAUAUUAAAAGCAUUGAAGGAAAUUCUUCUGGACACUUACCAAAGUUCUGCCAUGAGUGUGGGACUAAAUACCCUGUAGAAUGGGCCAAGUUCUGCUGUGAAUGUGGCAUUCGAAGAAUGAUUCUGUGAACAAAAUCCCAAAAGAAAAAGAGCCAAGUUCAGAGUUUUAUGGUUAUUGCUGCUUGAACAGCUAGAGCACUUCCUCUAGUUAUUUUCUGCUAAAAAUAUUCAAAAUACCUUUUCCAGUAAUUUUUGGAGCAUAAUCUUUUGGCUAUGUAAUGUGUGUGUGUAUAUAUGUGUACAUAUAUUGUAUAUAAUAAAUACCUGAUACCCCUCCUUGACUGUGCCCUUCAAGGAAAUAUUCACUUAACUGUCAGAAAUAAAUGGAAUCAUUAAUUUAGGUAUUAUUAAUACUUUUCUGUUGUUUCAAAGCACAUUAAGUGUACUUCCAUAAUCUUUCAUAUUCUAGUGCUUAGUCCUUCAAGCUUUAGGAUAAUCAUAACUUUGAACAAAAAUUUGAGUAAAUAUUUCUAUUGUGCCUGUCUUCAGGUACUAUCAUAGUAGAUGGAUGGUGGGAAUUUUGUAAAUGAAAAGAAUGUUUUUAGUUACUAUUAGGGAUGAGAGGUCAUUUUCCUGUUGAACUCUUUAAAACUUGUUUUAUGAAUCCUAAAAAAUAAGAGAGAAUAAAAACCCCUAUUAUACAAUUUAAA